UCCCUGCUGGUCGGGGUACGAGUAGGGAGCUGGUCUCACCUAACAGAUGUGUCUGGGACACUCCCAUUAUAUUUAUUCUAUCAAUUAUAUACAGAUCCAGCUGAGUCCGAUGGAAGUUUUGGGAGUCUACAGGACUGAUCGAGGGCAGACGAUGCGGCCUGAGGGAUACGUGAAGGAGUUCACCCGUCACUCCAACGACGUACUGCAGAACCUGAAUGAACUGCGACACAGAAGCAUCCUGACCGACACCACCCUUGUUGUUGGCAACGUGCAGCUGCAGGCACACUGUGCUGUGCUCGUGGCCUGUAGUGGGUUCUUCUACUCCCUGUAUUCCCGCCGGGUGUUACUUCAGGGCCGCGGUGGAAGUAGUGAGCAGCUCUCGACAGUCUCUCUCCCCAACACGUUGGAUCCAUCCUGCGUCUCAGUGCUGCUCGAUUUCAUGUACACCUCCCGCCUCCCUCUGACCCCGAGCAUUGUCUCAGGAGUGCUGGCUGUCGCUGCCUACCUGCAGAUGGACCACGUGGCUGACACAUGCCGGGACUUCAUGCAGCUGCACUGCACAGAGAAUGUGAGUGACAGAUACCCUCAAUUGGAGCUGGACUCCAGGGUAUCUGUAGCCUCUGUAUCUCCUAAAGGAGGAGACUUGCCUGAUCCAAGACCCCGGCGAUCAGCCCCAACAGCAGUAGAAACAAGGUUCCCCAUUGUCCUUGAGAGCUUUCUCAAGCCAGGGGUUUUCCCGACCUGCCGGUCCAGGUCAGGGGAGCUGAAAGAAGACCCACUCCCGAGCAGCCUGACUUCAUCUCCAAGCAGUCCGGACCGCUCUAGCUGCCACCCAAACUCUCCUGCCGAGUCCAACACCUGCAGCAAAAACCUCAUGAGUGAAACCAAAGCUACGCCAGACCCAAAGGCCUGCAACUGGAAGAAGUACAAGUAUAUAGUUCUGAAUCCUCUCUGUGCUGCUGCUACAGUCAAAGUAGAGGAGACAGAGGAGCUUCAGUGUCAAGACAACAGGAUGGCUUCAACUCCAAAAGCUCCAACAGAGGCGUGGUCUGGAGAAGUGCCUGGUCAGAUUGAUAGACAGGGGCAGGCCUCCUGCUACGAGGGUUCUGGCCGAGCCCCUCCCCUCGGGCCACCUCCCUCUGUGGAUUGUCCAGCGAUGCCUCCCUCUUACAACGAGGGAACGGUUUCACCCGGCACCAUUUUUCCAAAACUGCCCCCUCCCGAUCCAGAAACCGCCCAUCUUAACUUACCUCCAGUCAAACGUGAGAGCCACUACACGCCCUAUUGUUUUUCUGGCACUCUUCAAGCAACCAAAUCACCCUGCCCAGGAGACAAGCCGUACCGUUGCAACGUGUGUGGAGCUCAGUUUAACCGACCGGCCAACCUGAAAACCCACACCAGGAUUCAUUCUGGAGAGAAACCUUACCGCUGUGACACCUGCGGCGCAAGAUUCGUUCAGGUGGCCCACCUCAGGGCCCACGUCUUGAUUCACACCGGUGAGAAACCCUACCCCUGUCACACCUGCGGCACCCGGUUCCGCCACCUGCAGACCUUGAAGAGCCACCUGCGUAUUCACACGGGCGAGAAGCCUUACUCGUGUGAAAAGUGUGACCUCCACUUCCGACACAAGAGCCAAUUGCGCCUUCACCUGCGCCAGAAACACGGCGCCAUCACCAACACCAAGAUCCGCUACAAGGUGCUGACCGAGCCCUUCCAGCCUCUCCUGCAGGCCUGCUGAAGAGGGGCCUCACUGAGCAUGAGUACAUCUGUGGUAAAAGGGUUAACCAGAUUAUUAAACUCCAAGUGCCAAUCAACAACUUUUAGGCUAAUGACAAUAGGAUU